UAGAAAUUGUCAUUAUCAAUGUCAUACAAACACGACUCGGAAAAAAUAGUAUAAAAAACUACUAUUAUCUAGUUAUCAAUAGUUCUAUUUACUGAACCUAACAGUGCAGUGCGAUAAGUGAUAUCUUCCCACUUGAACUUUUAGGUAUCUAAAUGUUUUUUCGGCUUAUUAGUAGUGGGUUGUUGUUGGGAGCACCGAACGUUUGGGCUAACAAUAUGGCAGCAGGAGCGAAAAAAUGUAGUACGACACGGCUGCGAUACUUAACACAGAAGGAAGCUAUUGCUCUAGAUGAGGAGUUAUUCAAUGAAUACAAGUUUAGUGUUGAUCAGCUGAUGGAACUGGCUGGGCUCAGUGUGGCUACAGCUGUAUCACGUACUUUUCCAGUAUCUACGCACCCAUCAGCUCUAAUAAUAUGUGGACCUGGUAACAAUGGAGGGGAUGGACUAGUGGCUGCCCGUCACAUGUCAUUGUUUGGUUACAAUGUCUCAGUUCACUAUCCUAAACGCACCCCAAGGCCCCUGUAUGAAAACCUCUUAUCCCAAUGUGUAGCAUUUGGAGUAGAUAUAGUGGACAACCUGCCACCACCUAAAGAGCUAUGUGACCACUACCAAGUGCUUGUUGAUGCUCUCUUUGGAUUCAGCUUCAAGCCUCCUGUGAGAGAAGAGCUCAAACCAGCCAUGAAUGCCUUGAUUGAAGCAACUAUACCAGUUUGCAGUGUGGAUAUUCCAAGUGGAUGGCAUGUCGAAAAGGGUCCAGGUAUUGCUAAAGCACUUAGACCUGCCCUUCUGAUAUCUCUCUCUGCACCAAAAAUGUGUGCCCAAAGUGAAUUCAUUUUGGAUGCCAAACAUUACCUAGGGGGAAGAUUCUUACCACCUGGCAUUUUGCACAAAUAUUUCUUGAGACUGCCACCCUACCCCUGUGAAGAUCAAGUUGUUCUGCUAUCUUGUUAAAUUUGAAAUAUUGGUGAAAUGUUUUUUUUUCUUUUUGUAAUAAACAAAAUAUUUGCGGGAAUAUUAUGGUAUAUGUGUAUGUUAUGCCUGGUUUGUGUAUUUUACAAAAAAUAUAUAUGUAUUUUAAAUUGUUUUC